UAAAACUGCUUCAGAGCAAAAACUGUUUUUUAAGUUGCGCGACUACCACCUCAAAAUGGCGGCGUCAUAUCUACAAUUUUUAAGUCUGCUUUUGGUAUUAUACGUUCAAGUCUCGUCAGUCUCCUCGGGUUUUUUUUCUUGUGCCCCAAGAGAGUUUAGCAUAUUAGCCCCUUGUCAGGCAACAUGUGCGGAAAAGAAACCGAGCAUUUGCAUACGGAAACCAGGCUGUUAUUGCAAAAAGGACAUCUGGGAUCCCAUUAAAAAGGGAUGUGUGCAGCCUAAAGACUGUGAUCCACGGAACCUGCAGGGCGGAGGUUCCGCUUCUGGAGGUGGUGGUGCAUCUGGAGGAAUAUCAGGCGGUAUCAGCAUAUCGGGAGGAGGAUCGUCAAGCGGAAGCUCAUCGGGAGGUGGCAGUGCAUCAGGUGGAGGUGGAGCGUCAGGGGGAGGAAGCGCUGGCGGAAGUGGCGGGGGCAGCGGCGGCGGUAGCGCUGGAGGCGGUUCCCAUUCGUCAGGAGGCGCUAGCAUUCACAUAUCAGUUAAAGGCGGAGGAGGUAUUUCGGGAUUGUUCAGUGCUAUACUAAAAGCUCCCUCGAAAGCGAUAAAGUCAUUUUUACAAGUUUUCGUCAAAUUUGGCAUUAAGCAGCCCGUGAUCAUAAUCAAGAAAGUUACCGCGCAGAUAAAAGUGAUAAUCCAAAAAUCGGCCAAUCUCAAUGUGAAAACGGUAUCUUCGAUUAUCGUCGUGCAAAAGAAAAUUAUAGGCAAAAUCGGCGAGGCCCUAUUGGAUGUCGGCGUACUACAAGGGAAAACAACCGAAGAUGUCAUAAACUUGAUAAAGACGACCGUUAUAAAAAUAUUCAACUUCACUUUCAGCGCUCAGAUUAGCGUGAGCGGUAAGAUAACCGACACUAUAAAUGGCAUCAUCGCUGCCCUUAAAAUCAAGAGCAUCAAAGAGCGCAUAUUGAACUUGCCGCUGAUUAAAAAUAUAAAAGCGGCCAUAGCGAAGUUGAACGGCUUUAUUCACGCCAAAUUCCAAAAGCAAAUAGACGAAUUGAAGGAAUACAAGUUGAACUUGUAUAACAAACACAAAGAUUUCUUCCAACCAAUCGUUGACAGGAUAUCGAGCUCAUUCCUGAUCGUCGCCAACGCGCUGAACGCGCUGAUUGACGGGAAGAUCAGCGAAUGUCCUGGAAAUGAUGACCCUGGUGCAAGUCCUGCGGGUAGUCUGCAGCGCAGGUUGAAAAUUUCUGUACUGGAUUUCAAAAUCAAAUUAUUGAAGGUGCUCGGACUGAAGGAUUUAGCGGCGAAGUUUCAAGCGAAGUUGGAUGGUUUAAACAAAUCUGGCGGAGAUUCAACGGCAAAACCUGAACCAGAGCCAACUUCUAAACCGGAACCUGAACCCGAACCGACUUCUGAACCUGAACCAGAACCAACUUCCAAACCUGAACCAGAACCGACUUCUGAACCUGAACCAGAACCGACCUCUGAACCUGAACCGACAACUAAUCCUGAGCCUGAGCCAGAACCAACAUCGGAGCCUGAACCUGAAACCACUACGGGUUCAUCCUCAGAUCAAAGUUCAUCGGACGGCGCUUCAGUAGAAACGACUACGGUAACUUCUUCACCCAUCGAAACGACCGCUGCCCCCACUACUACGUCUCAAACUGACUCAACUCCUUCACCAAUUGAAACCACCACAUCUGGGGAACCUCGCGUUGAGAAUACCACUACUGAUGCAUCAAAUACCACACCUGUUGCAUUAACAAGUCAAUCGCCUAUCGACACCACACCGACGGCUGAUCCGUCUACGGAAACCACCCUUUCGCCUGUUGAAACGACAUCGGUAGUUGAACAGCCUACUACAACUGAAGAGCCAUGCAAUGAAAAUGACACUGAACCGUCAAUUACUACGGUAAUCCCGGAAACAACCCUUUCGCCUGUUGGAACGACAAUUGGAGUUGAGCAACCGACUACCACUGAAGAGCCAUGCGAUGAAAAUGACACCGGCACCACGGGGCUGAUAACAGUCGUAGAAACAACUGUUUUGCCUAUUGAAACAACGACGGAGGAACAGAAAAACGAUGAAGAAACAACCAUUACGCCAACUACAUCUUUCCCAGAAACAACGCUUUCGCCCGUUGACACGACAACUGGAGUUGAUCAACCGACUACCACUGAAGAGCCAUGUAAUGAAAAUGACACCGACACAACGGGGCUGACAACUACUAGUACGGUUCUAGGAACAACUGUUUCGCCCAUUGAAACAACACCGGAUGACCAGAAAAACGAUGAAGGAACAACUAAUACACCUGUUGAAACGACAACUGGAGUUGAGCAACCCACUACUACUGAAGAGCCUUGUGAUGAAAAUGACGUUGAGUUAACUACCACGUCCGUUCCAGAAACAACUAUUUCGCCUACUGAAACGGCUACAGAAGCUCAACAGCAGACUACGACUGAAGAACCAUGUGAGGAAGAAGAUUUAACAACUUCCUCAAAUGGCAUUGAAAGUACCACAGCUCCAGGUCAAUUGCUAACAACUACUAUUGAAACAGAAACCGAAGAACCAUGCGAGGAAGAAGAUUUCACAACGCCCGCAAAUGGCACUGAAACUACCACAGUUCCAGGUGAAUUGCAAACAACUACGAUUGAAGCAGAAACUGAAGAACCAUGUGAAGAAACGGAUCUCUGACUUUAGGAAACACUGGAAGUCCACCAGCAGUCUUAAAACUCGUAUAGGCAUUGUUCAAUAAAUUUUGCACAAAACCAACAUAGAAAAUUGUAUUAUAUCUUGUAAAUUAAAUGUUGAAAUAAACCGAGUUUGCAACAACUCAAAAUCUUGAAUUUGUUUUUC